CAAUGCCAGGCAGAGGUCAGAAAGAUCUGUUCGAGAGGUUGAUCCGGGAGGUGAAAGUCCGGGAAUGUCUCUACAACAUACGCCAUCCAGGCUACAAGGACAGGCACAAUACGGAGGGACAGUGGAGCGCCGUAGCCUCAGCUGUUGGGAUGACAGUGAUGGAGGUUAAAAGACUGUGGGGCACCCUGCGUUCCUCCUACACCCGCAGCGUGAAGGGCUCUCUGACAGCUGCCAGUGGUAGCUCCGCACAGAAAAAGACGCCGUGGUAUCUGGAAGACGAGAUGACUUUCCUUCGUCCCCACCUCCAGCUCUGCAUGCCGGGUGGGAACAUGAUGGCCUCCAACGCGUCUUUCUCCUCCUCCUCCUCCCACUCACAUUCCUCCUCAUUCGGUCAGGAGCCGAGAGAUCUUGAUAUCAACCAAAUCAAGAUGGAGGAUAUCACGGGCGAACUGAUGGGGAGGAGGGAGUUGGAGGAAGGAGAAAUACUUCCCGAAGAUCUCGCAGCUGGGGCUUACAUGAUCACCCCGCAGUUUCCAGAGAAAAGGCCGAGACUGGAGUGUGGCUCAGAGAUGGGUGACUCGGUCCUGAAGGAUGGCUUUUUUAGGAAAGACGAUCCGGAGACAGAGUUCUUUAUGGGAAUCAUGCCGCGGUAUAAAGAACUGAACAAAAAGAACAGGAGGAAGUUUGAAGUUCAAGCUCUCCAUUUGUUGUACUCAAUUCUCGACGAGCAAGAAGACAAAGGCUAAAAGUAGUAAAAGACAAUACAAUGACACGAGAGAGAGAAAGAGAGAGAGAGAGAGAGAGAGAGAGAGA